AUGUUCGCCAAGUUUUCCGCCGCCGCCGUCCUGGCUCUUGCCAGCAUGGUUGCUGCUCAGACCUCGACCGAGUGCAACCCCCUCAAGAAGGACUGCCCUGCUGACCCUGCUUUUGGCAAGGAUGGCAUGAGCUGCGACUUCACCAAGGGCGAGUGCGACGGCUUCAAGUCUCUGGGCACCAAGAUCACCUACGACAGCAACGGCGCCUCGUUCCCCAUGAGCAAGAAGGGCGACUCCCCCACGCUCCGCUCCGACAACUACAUCUUCUUUGGCCAUGUCGAGGUCACGGUCAAGGCCGCCGAGGGCAAGGGCAUCGUCACCUCGCUCGUCCUCCUCUCCGACGACCUCGACGAGGUCGACUUUGAGACGGUCGGCUCCGACAACAAGCAGAUCCAGUCCAACUACUUCUCCAAGGGCGACGACUCCACCUACAACCGCGGCGGCUUCCACGAUGUUGACAGCCCCUUGACCAAGUCGCACACUUAUUCAUUCGACUGGACCGCCGAAAAGGUUGAGUGGUUCAUCAACGGCCAGUCUGUCCGCGUCCUCAAGGCCUCGGAUGUCGGCGACAAGUUCCCCCAGUCGCCCAUGCAGGUCAAGGUCGGCGCUUGGGUUGCUGGUUACGAGGGCAACUCUCCCGGUACCGUUGAGUGGGCUGGCGGUGUUGCAGACUUCUCCAACGGUCCCGCCGUUGCCGUGUACCAGAGCGUCAAGGUCACCGACUAUGCCGGUGGUUCCUCGGCUACCGACAAGAAGGUCAAGGAGUAUGUCUACGGCGACCGCAGCGGCUCCGCCAAGUCUAUCCAGAUCAAGCUCGAUGACGGCAGCUCCGGCUCGUCCUCGUCGUCUUCCUCCAAGAGCGGCAGCACCUCGGGCUCGGCCACUAGCUCUGCUUCGAGCUCUGCCACUUCCACUUCGUCCGCAUCGUCCGCCUCGGCCACAACCCUGACCAGCGCCACCUCGUCCACGGCUGCCAACUCUACCAGCCACUCGAGCACCAGCCGCGCCGGCAGCGCCACCGCGACCAGCACCCCCACCGCUGUCCCCAACGGCGCUCCCAAGGCCGGCCUCACGUUGGGCGCCAUUGCCCUGGCUGCCGUUGCCGCCCUUGCUCUUGUACAAAUUCGAGCCGAUCUUGUUAAUAUAUAG